UGAUCUCGAUCGACCAUCUAGCUAGCAAAUGAACUGAUCGAGAGCUCGCUAGCGAGCAGUGGCGGAUCGUAGCCACGAAGUAGGAGAUUUUUUUUCUCUUCUUUUUCUCCGACUUCUUUUCUUUUCUUCUUCUUUCCCAUCUAUACCAAAAAAAAAAAUGAAAGGGGUUUGAGAGCUCUAGUGCAUCCGGAGCAGUGAAUCCACCCCUGCUAGCGAGCUAGUAUAUAUGCACGCGCCAUACAAGCCAUUCUUGCCGGCCCAUUUCCUCUCAUUCCUCUCGUCGUCCGGCGUCGUCCUCUGCUUGCCCCUUCCGGCCGUUCUAUAUUUCGUUAUAGCUAGCGUCCAUGCAGAUGGAGAUGAGAGCUCUAGUUCUUGCGGCCAUGGCCGCGGUGCUCCAAGCGGCGGCCGCGGCGGUGACGACCUACACGGUGGGCGCGCCGAACGGGCUGUGGGACCUGCAGACCAACUACGCCGAGUGGGUCGCCACCAAGACCUUCCACCCCGGCGAUAACAUCACGUUCACGUACUCGCCGGAGCUGCACGACGUGGUGGAGGUGAGCAAGGCCGGGUACGACGCCUGCUCCAGCAUCAACAACGUCUCCGCCUUCCGCACCGGCAACGACGUCGUCCCGCUCACCGCCGUCGGCACGCGCUACUUCCUCUGCGGCCUCACCGGGCACUGCGACAGCGGCAUGAAGAUCCGGGUCGACGUCGUCGCCGCGGCCGGCUCCUCGCCAGGCCCAGCCGCCGCGGCGCCGACGUCCGCCGCCGCCUCGUCCGCCACUGGGAUCGUUGGCCUCGGCGUCCUACUAGUAGCCGUGCAGGACGCCAUCGUCUCUCGUGCAUUACAGUUCUCAAUUGUUUAGGGUUGCAACUUCCGUUGUGUUUGUGUAUUUCAUUUCAUUUCGUCUAGUUUGUUUGUUUGUUUCAGCUGCAUGCAUGUAUCUGUACACUUUGUUAUUUGAAGAUCUCAGAGAUUUGCUUAA